CAUUGGCUGGCGAGAGAGGGGACGUUCUGAUCAACAAACUCGGGUUUGUGCCCGACUUAUCCCAACUAUUGAUAUUUUCAUCUCUCCUGGAUUCCUUCGCAUCUUCCCUGAGUGGAUUUACAGCGUAGGGCGUCCUGGAGUCGACAAAGAGCACUUAAGGGUCGGAUCCAUGAAUGGAUUGAGGAUGCAAAUUCAUUAAUUGGCGCCUUUGAACAAGGAAUAUUUCCAUCUUGGAUCACGAGAUUUGUGUUACGUCUUGCCCAAAACAGACCGACAAAACGGCUGGGUUAGCCAUCUUAGCGUUUAAAAACUUUCCUUUCCGCCGGAUGCAUGAGUUCUCUGGCAACGAUCAACUAAGUUUUGGUGGUUAUGGCUAGUCGUAAGAACGACGAUUCAACGGAAACUGGUGUUGAAGUAGAAAUAGAGGAUUCCGAAGCCACCGAGCUCAAGCAAUCAGCUAUUGACGAAGAGCAAUAUAAUAAGGUGUUUAGCCGGCCAUUUGCAACACCAAGUCUUCCUACCUCCAAAAGUGAAACUGACGUACAAACUUCUCAUCUAGACGUAAACUUCGACGAAAAGGACUACAGUAGACAUCGCAAGUCAUCAGCUAAAUACCAUGAGCCUCUACGACGAAUCCACACUUCACACAAAGACCUUGCUGCAUUGGCUAAAAAAGAAUCAAGGAAACAUAAAAAACAUAAGCAUAAACAUGAGCACAAGGAAGGGCAGCAUAAGGGCUCUCACAGGAGUAGUCACAGGUCAGAAAAACAAGGUCAGAAUGACAAAAACUUACCAGGAAUUGAGGAAAGUCACCAGGAGAGCAUAUAUACUGACCAGGAGGGUGGGAGAAAAGAACUUCCCUCCGUAACUGACAGUGAGGAUGAUAGGGGCUUGGAGCUUGUCAUUGGGUCUAAGAGAGAUAGAAAAGGGGCAGAACAGGAACUGGAAUCUGUUGCUGACAUCGGCUUGAAAGAUGGAGAAAGUGACCAAUCCAAAUCAGUGAAUGGAAAAGAAACAGCAUUGCCUGUUGAAAUGGACAUCGAAGAUGGUGGACAGAAACAGAAGAGCUCUGCCCCAGAUGAGAAGGUUACUUCACAGGAUCAGUUGAUUCCUGCACAGGACUCCAAAACCCUGCCACAACCGACUUCUGACAUUAAAACACAGACUGAAACUAAAACACAGCCUGAGAUUAUAGCAAAGUCUGAGAUAAUAGCAAAGCCUAAAACUGUAGAAACUGCACAGGAGUCGGAGAAAAUAGAUGGAACCGUUAAGACUCCUGAGACAGCAAGAAAACAGAAAGUUGCUGUUGAAGUCUUUUUGGGUGAUGAAAAAAUAAAAGUUCUCUCAGAUUCAAAUGCAGAAAUAAAUAUUCUGGUGCCCAAGGAAAAGGCAGAGCAUGCUCUCGUUGAGGUAUUGCCACCAAUUGACGAAGGGAUAAAUGAUAAUAUCCUUAGAGAUGAUGAACUAGAUUCUGCAGGAAAGGAUGCUUUGCUUAUUUCACACCAUACUGACCGACUUGUCGCCCCCAUGCAGCACCUUGGUGACCGUCGUGAGGGAAAGAGGAGACACCAUCGCCGCCACCAUCAUUCUCACUCUCAAAAACAUCGCACUAUCUCAGAGAGGGAGGCCAUUGCUAACAAGGCCAGGAUUCGUUCAGGAGCGUUAACUCUCUCUGAAACUGGACCAGCAUUUGUUGACUUGGCUUUGAAAGUGCCAUCAGAAAAUGAGGAAAAAUUGGAAAACAGGGACUUGGAAGAGAUGGCAUGGCAUCGUUUUGAGGAUUUCCCAGGCUUGCGGAGACGUAGGCCACAGUUUCGCAAAAUCAAGUUGAAGUCAGGAAUGUUGACAAGGCGUCGUGGAUCUACUUGCUCUGACAUCACUGCCAGUUUGCAUAAGUUUCCAGUUCAAUAUGAUCACAGUCCACAUGAGGCGUUUAUAGAGUUACAAGAACUGACAGGAAAAGAUCAAGAUAUGCGUUGGAAGGAGACUGCGCGUUGGAUCAAGUUUGAAGAGGAUGUGGAGGAUUCAAAUCGCUGGGGCAAGCCGCAUGUUGCUUCACUAUCAUUUCAUAGUUUGUUAGAACUCAGAAAGGGCCUAGAAAGAGGCACUGUGCUUCUGGAUUUAGAACAAUUUGACUUGCAGAGUAUCGCUGAGGCCAUUGUUGACAAUAUGGUGAUAACUGACCAAUUGUGCAAAGAGGACAGCGACCGAGUCUUGUCUGCACUUCUUGUCAAGCACAAGCAUCAGUACCAAGAGGCGGGGAAUCUUCCGAGGCGGCCCUCAUUCUAUAACCUUAAAACAUUUACGCCAAACCUGUCCAGACGAAAUAAUGAAGAGGACAAGAAUUCUGUCAAGAUGGUGGUUACUGAAAAGGUUCCUGUUGAUGAAGAGACGGAUAUGAUCAGGCUGAAGAUUGAUGAUAAUAUUGAUGUAGGGUCACACACUGUAAGCAUCGAUGGUAGCGAGAGCGCAUUGAUUAAUACAAUCGAUACCAAUAAAAAAGAUGAGAAACUCGAAGUGACAUUUGGCCCAACAACUACAACUCAGCCUCAGGAUCCCCUGAAGAAUCAAGAGUCCGAUGUAAAAGCGCGAGUUCCAGAAGACGCAGAAGCCACAAACGUACUUGUGGGAACCCUUGAUUGUCUAAAGAACCCGGUCACUGCUUUUGUACGUCUCGCAACGGGGUGUUACCUUGGCAAUGUCACGGAAGUUGCAAUUCCUGUGAGGUUUCUCUUUGUGAUGCUUGGCCCGGAGACUCAGUCUGAUACAUACCAUGAGAUUGGACGCUCAAUUGCUACGCUGAUGUCAGACCAGGUAUUCCACGAUCUUGCGUACUACUCAGAGUCACGUGAGGACAUUUUGAUGGCCAUCAAUGAAUUCCUGGAUGAUACAGUGGUGUUGCCGCCUGGAGAGUGGGACAAACAGCUGCUGAUCCCCGUCCUACUGUCACAGAGCAAGACGAUGGCUAAGAGGAGAAAGCAGGCGAAGGAAAUCAAUGCGAUCGCUACUCAAGCUGCGGAGGAGGAAGACAACCCCUUGAAGAGAACCGGUCGUUUCUGCGGGGGUCUGAUACAGGACAUUAAACAUAGAUCUAAGACAUACAUAAGUGACUUCAAAGACGGCUUUAACUGGCAAUGUCUGUUGGUGACAGUCUUCUUGUACUUUGCUGUGUUUGCGCCGAAUGUUGCAUUUGGCGGCUUGUUAGCCGAGAAGACAGAUCAGUGGCUUGGUGUGUCAGAGGUCAUAUUCGCGUCUUGUUUCUGCGGGCUUUUGUUUGCUCUCUUUUCUGGCCAGCCCCUAAUUAUUAUUGGUGCAACUGGACCUGUGAUGGUAUUUGAGCAGACCAUAUUUAAGUUCUGUGAGCAGUCAAAUAUCGAAUUUUUGCCGUGGCGUUGCUGGAUUGGUUUCUGGGUGCUGGUUAUCCUGUUUCUUGUUGUCGCGUUUGAAGGGUGUUUUCUUGUAAGAUACUUCACACGUUUUACCGAGGAGUUGUUUGCAUGUCUGAUCUCCUUGAUCUUCAUCUACGAGGCCAUCAAUUUUCUUUAUAAGGUGUUCAAGAAGAACCCGUUGUCUCGAGAUCCUGUGACUAACUUGACCAAUAUAGAUCCCUACAUAAAGGAGAACAUCGUCCCAGUAACGGGUGAACCCAACACCGCCCUGCUCUGUGCUAUUCUGAUGUUUGGCACAUAUUUUGUGGCCUUUUACAUGCGCAAGUUUCGUAACAGCCACUUCUUUGGAAAAAAGGCGCGCCGUCUGGUUAGCGAUUUCGGUAUAGCAAUUGCCAUGAUAACAAUGGUGAUUAUCGAUGUUGCUAUUCGUGACACUGUGAUCACGCCUAAGAUUUCUAUUGGCGAUGUGACGAAAGUAGGAUUCCAUCCUACUCUUAAGACCAAGCGGGGCUGGUUCAUCAACCCCAUGGGCUUGGUAGACUCCAUGAAGGCAGGGUGGGUGUUCGCUGCCAUUAUUCCAGCUUUAUUUGUUGGCAUCUUGCUCUUUAUGGAAACUGAACUCACUGGAGUACUGAUUAACAAGAAGGAGAACUGCCUCCAGAAGCGACCCGGCUAUAACAUGGACCUGUUGCUGAUGGGUGUUAUUACGCUAAUAUGUUCGUUGUUUGGCUUACCCUGGAUGUGCCCUGCCACUGUGCGCUCCGUGUCUCACUUUAAUGCUUUGUCUGUAUGGAGUACAUCUCACGCCCCUGGAGAGAAGCCAUAUUUGGUGGAGGUCAGGGAACAAAGGAUAACAAACAUCCUGAUCCAUGUAUUAACAGGGAUGUCUAUACUGCUCGCCCCAGUUCUCCAUCAUGUACCUGUCCCUGUGCUGUUUGGUGUGUUACUGUACCUCGGCUUGAGCUCGCUGUCCAAUCUACAGCUCAUUAAUCGACUCAUCAUGAUGUUGAUGCCACCCAAGCAUCAUCCGGAUGUCAGAUACGUCAGAAAGGUGCCUACAGCUAAGAUCCACGGCUAUACCCUAAUCCAGUUAGCAUGCCUACUGGUCCUCAUGGCAGUGAAGUUGACGAUACUAGCGCCCUCUUUUCCCUUUUUCAUCAUCUGUCUCAUCCCUGUCCGAAGGCUGCUUGGUAAGGUCUUCUCCCAACAUGACUUGGAAGAGCUGGAUAAUGAGGAGGAUGACUACGAUGAUAGUGAUAUAGAUGAGUAUGACACACUCAUCAUGCCAAUCUAAAUAAACAACCUAGCAACUGUUGCCAAGGUCUGCCUUAUAUUACAACACCAUCUGCACGUCUGGCAAACUGCCUAGCACUUUUCCAUCGGCUGCCUCAUGUCACAUUGGAAAAGGGGGAGAAUAGAGACCCAUAUUUCAUGUAUACAUACAUUCUUUAGAUUUAAAUGCCAAAUUUAAUUGGUUUGUCUGAACAAAUUAUAAGGCCCGGUCCGUAUACUGUGUAUACAUUUGGUUGUGUGUAUCUUUUGGUAUUUUUUAAAAAUAAAUGUCAGAAUUGCGAAAUUUAUACUGAAGAUUGCAUCUAGAAUUAUAUUUUAUAGCAAUAUUUGAAAAUAUCAAGGAUUGAUAAAAACAAGUGCUUGUGAUAUUAAAAAUAUAAAUUUUUUGUAAUGCAGAGGUGAAUUGAUGCAAAAUACUGUACAGUAAAGUUUGGAAAGCAAUAACAUGAAUUAUAUAUUGUA